AUGGUCGGCUUCCCACUUCAUCACCCAAAGGGCCGCGAAUUGACAGGUGGCGACCUUUUGGCACAAUGCUUGAAACACCUUGGUGUCGAGGUCGCAUUCGGGCUCCAUGGCGGCCACUUGGAUGCUUUCUUAAUGGGAUGCGAGGAUAUAGGGAUUCGUUUGGUGGACACUAGACACGAAACCGUUGCUGUGCAAGCAGCCGAGGGCUAUUGCCGAAUCAGUACAAAGCCUGGAGUAUGCUUUGUCACGGCAAACAGUGGGUUCUCGAAUGGACUCCCUGGCUUGGCCACUGCCUACGGCGACCGCAGCCCGAUCCUCUGUAUAACCUCCUCGCCACCGCUACGGGAUACAGAGAACAACUCACUUCAGGGGUCAAUCGAUCAGGUUGUGGCGGCAAGACCCAUUACAAAGUUUGCUCAUCGAGUCGUGACGCCGGAGGAAUGUCCAAGAAUAGUAUCCCAUGCGCUUCGAGUUGCUCAAUCUGGGCCCCCUGGUCCUGUCCUUCUUGACUUCCCAAUUGACGUACUAUUUACCCCGGUUAAUCCCAACCUUAUUGCUUGGGGAUCGAUUACUUCACCUCCCUCGUUCCCUCCAGCCCCCCACACUGCGGCCGUUGAAGCGGCCGUCAAGUUAUUCAGUUCUGCCCAGAGACCAGUCAUAAUUACAGGGACUGGAGCAAGAGGUCAACCGGCACGCCGACAACUGUUCAAAUUAGCCGAGGACUGCAGCAUCCCGGUAUUCAACACGUCAAAAUAUGCAUCUCGCACUCCGUCGUCACCCAUGCUCUCCCAAGCCACAGCAGGAACUCUAGCAAUACUUCCCCUGGUACAAAUGGCACGUCCAGACCUGGUUGUUCUUUUAGGCGCACGAACAGGAAUGUUUCUCGGUGGCCGAUCUGGUGCUAUCAUUCCGGACAAAGAUUGCAAACUCAUUCAAGUCGAUUGCGAUGGGAGUGAAAUCGGCCGCUCUCAUCCGGUCGACCUUGGUAUUGUCUCGGAUGUUGAAGCUUUCCUCUCAGCAGUGAACGCAGCUUUAGGCUCGACUGCCGCUACAAAUGUCGAUAAAUCCUGGGUACAAUCAGUCCUUGGAUUAGCGUCUAUGGAGUCACCAUACGAAAAGGAACCGGAGGUGACAGAUUCUGGACGCCUCCAUCCAUACCAUGCUGUGAAAAAUCUCGUCUCUGGAAUAGAGCCCGGUAGUAUCAUCGUCUUAGAUGGUGGUGAAGCUUCGGCAUGGGUCGGAGAUCUUGCCUCGCGUUGUCAACCGCAUACAGUCAUGACUGCCACUGGUUAUCUAGGAUUCCUGGGUAACGGCUUCGGAUAUACGCUAGGAUGUGCCAUUGCAGCUCCAGAUCGGAAGGUUGUGAACAUUCAGGGCGAUGGCUCCGCUGGAUUCCACCUGAUGGAGCUAGAUACCUACAAGCGAUUCGGUUUAAACAUCAUGACUGUCGUUGUGAACAACUCAAGCUGGGGCAUGAGCUCCAACGGACAGGAUCUCGUCUACGGAACCGAUCAUCCCGCGCGACCUAUCAGCGCCCUGAGCUCAGCGACUGAAUAUGAUGUUGUCGCCAAGGGGUUGCAAAAUACCACGGCCAAAAUCUCUCAAAUCGCAGAGAUUCGAAGUACCGUCACCAAAUUCCAACAGACAUCCGGUCCAAGCUGCAUCAAUCUCAUCGUGGAUCGAAAGCCAGUUCAUCCUGUCACAACAGCUAUGGAGUGGACUCCCUCGUAG